AUGUGUAAGUUAAAUGUAUCAGUUGCUUGUGGCAGUUGUUGGGCAUUUUCGGUAACCGGUAAUAUUGAAGGUGCAUGGGCAAUUAAGAAAGGUAAACUGAUAUCGUUAUCAGAGCAAGAAUUAAUCGAUUGUGAUGUGAUUGAUCAAGGAUGUAAAGGUGGUCUACCAUUAAAUGCUUACAAGGAAAUAAUUCGAAUGGGUGGAUUGGAAUCAGAAAAAGAUUAUCCAUAUGAUGGUCAUGGUGAAAAAUGUCAUUUAGUACGAAAAGAGAUUGCUGUUUACAUUAAUGAUUCGAUUCAACUACCAGAUGAUGAGAUUAAAAUUGCAGCAUGGGUUGCUAAAAAAGGUCCAGUCUCAAUUGGUGUAAACGCGGGUCCAUUACAAUUUUAUCGGCAUGGAAUCUCACAUCCAUGGAAAGCAUUCUGUUUACCAUCACACAUAAAUCAUGGUGUCCUAAUUGUUGGUUAUGGACAAGAAGCAAAUAAGCCAUAUUGGAUUAUUAAGAAUAGCUGGGGUACAAAAUGGGGUGAAAAUGGAUAUUAUCGAUUAUAUCGGGGUAAAAAUGUUUGCGGUGUUAAAGAAAUGGCUACAACUGCUAUUGUCCAAUGA